AUGCGCUUUGUUGACAUCUCCACGGCACUCGGUGCCCUUUCCCUCUUGUCUCUCGGAGCCAAUGCCUCUCCGGUUGACCAUGAGCUCUUUGAGAGGCAAAAUAGCUUCUUCGCUCUGACUGGAGCUUCCGGUGGCAUAGCCCCCCGCCAGGAAGUUCGUGACCUGGCAACAAAUCCGGACCAAUGGAAUCUUUUCGUCCUUGCUAUGCAGCGCUUCCAGUCCAAGAACCAGAACGACAAGUUUUCGUGGUACUCAAUCGCCGGCAUUCACGGACGUCCCUAUGCCAACUGGGAUGGCGUUGGACCUUACGGAUCCAGCCCGUGGUGGCCCGGCUACUGUCCCCACAGCUCCAACCUUUUCGGAUCCUGGCACAGGCCAUACCUUUCGCUCUAUGAACAACUCCUCAUUCAAUAUGCCAACGAGAUCAUCAACGAAACCCCACCCGGUAACGCCAGGAGCAGGCUGCAAGCCGCGGUCGGAAGCCUGCGAUUACCCUACUGGGAUUGGGCCAGGAAAUCAUCGAAUGGGGCAGUAAUCCCGGAUGCUCUCAUGGCGCCGAACAUUCAAGUCACGUAUCCUCAAAACGGAAGCUCGACCACUAUCCCGAACCCGCUUUACGCGUAUAGAUUCCAAGUUGUCCCGGACAACAACUUCGAAAGCAACUACGCUAGAAACCGCCAGACUUUUCGUUCAGCCAACGCCGAAUCCAACCUUCAGGCUUCAUACACUAGCCGUCGAAACAGUCUCAUAACACUGUUCAGCAGAAACCAGGGUUACAAUACCUUCUCCACCGAUGCCAACAACAACCAAAAUACCAAUUUGGAGGGAAUCCACAACAGCGUCCACUCUGCUGUUGGUGGCUAUAUGCAGCAGAUCGCUUACUCUGCUAUGGAUCCCAUAUUUGCCAUGCAUCAUGCAAACAUCGACCGGGUUAUUGCAAUUUGGCAGGCGCUCUACCCUAACAAUUGGGUGACCUAUGCCACUCAAGGCUCAGGCACCAGAACCAUGGCGCCUUUCAGUGGUCAGGACGGCAACUCCCCGCUCACACCCUUCCACAGAGACACCUCUGGCACCUUCUGGACCUCAAACGCCGUCCGCGACACGCGCGUCUUCAGCUACACCUACCCGGACCUCAUUGGAAUCAGCGGCAGUUCGCAGCUCAUCAGCAACCUCAAUCAGAUGUAUGGCAGCGGCGUCACCAACUCUGCUCUGCGGGCUGGCGCCGACGCCGACGCCAGCGCCCCGGCCGUUACCUAUGACUACAUGGCACAGGUCACGCUUGAUAAGAGUGUGCUAGGCGGCCAGCCUUACGAGGUGCAAUUCUCUCUGGACGGUCAGUACGUCGCCUCGUACGCUGCGCUGGCAAUUCCACCGCCGCCGGGGGCUCAGCGAAAGAUCGUGACCAGCUCUGGCAGUGUCAUGCUCACGGACGUGCUGGCUCAGAAGAACAUCAACACGUCGGACCGCGACUCUACUGAACAGUACCUCGCGGAAAAACUCAAGUGGCAGGUGGUGCAGAACGACCAGGUCGUCGCGAGCUGUCCCGGCCUCAACGUCACUGUCUCCAGCGCUGAAGUCAAGCCCGCCAAAACAGUAAGCCAGUUCGCGAUUCAGGUUGAGCCGCCGCAGCCCAUUGACAACAGUACCACACCUGCAUAA